AAAGAUAGUGCAGAUCAUCCGGGGGUUCUAAUUUCUGACACCGAGUUUGACACUGGCACCGACACCGGCACCGGCGCUGCGUUUUCUUGACUUCUUUCCCAGACAAAACUCACACCUCAUUGUCCAGUGUUGAAGGCACACCAUAAAAUGGCUUCGACACUUAGUGCACAGCCGUUGCUCGUCAACGGUGCUUCCCUGCAGGUAGUCAACGGUCUCAACAGCGAGAGGCCAGCGAGCCCGUCUUCGGUUGGCAACCUCGCACUGACCGAGUACAGCGCGAUGCCAUCGCCGCCAUCGGAGGAUGCCACGGCCAACAAGAUGAAGCGCAUUGUUCCUGAUGAGUUCCUGCUUCCUAACGGUCAUCCAGAUUACUUGCGCCUCAUCAUUACCUCUUACCCACGUGUCCGCGAAGUUUGCAGUGAGGUGCCCCUAACCCGGGCUGUCAACCUGAGCAACCGCCUCGAGUGCAAUGUCCUACUCAAGCGUGAAGAUGAACAGCCCGUCUUCAGCUUUAAACUUCGUGGCGCCUACAACAAGAUGGCCCAUCUCGACCCCAAGGAGUCCUGGAAGGGGGUAGUCUGCUGCAGUGCCGGCAACCACGCCCAAGGAGUUGCAUACUCUGCCCGUAAGCUGAAGAUCCCCGCCACUGUCAUCAUGCCCAAGGGCACUCCCAGCAUCAAGCACCUCAACGUUUCCCGUAUGGGUAGCCACGUCGUUCUCCAUGGUGCCGACUUCGACGAAGCAAAGGAGGAGUGUGCUCGAAGGGCCAAGCUGGACGGCCUCAUCAACAUCCCGCCUUUCGAUGAUCCGUACGUAAUUGCCGGCCAAGGAACCAUCGGCAUGGAAAUUUUGUCACAGACCAAUCUGCAGAAGCUACAGGCCAUCUUCUGUGCUGUCGGCGGUGGUGGCUUGAUUGCUGGUGUUGGGGUCUACGUGAAGCGUAUUGCCCCUCAUGUUAAGAUCAUCGGCGUCGAGACGUACGAUGCAGACGCCAUGACCCAGUCGCUCGCUAAGGGCGAACGUGUCCUUCUUCAAGAUGUGGGUUUGUUUGCCGAUGGUGCCGCCGUCAAGACAGUUGGUGAGGAGACCUUCCGUAUCUGUCAAGAAGUCGUCGACGAGAUGGUCCAAGUCACCACGGACGAGGCUUGUGCCGCCAUCAGAGACAUGUUCGAGGACACGCGCUCUAUCAUCGAGCCUGCUGGCGCGCUGGCCGUUGCCGGACUCAAGAAGUGGGUUGCUGCCAACCCAUCCGCUGACCCCACCCGGUCCGUCGUCGCCAUCACCUCAGGCGCAAAUAUGGACUUUGAUCGCCUGGGCUUUGUCUCAGCGCGUGCCAAAUAUGGCGAAGGCAAAGAGGCCCUCCUCUCUGUUACCAUCCCCGAGCGCCCCGGCGCUUUUGCCGAAUUAGUCAACGCCAUCAUGCCACAUGCCAUCACCGAGUUCAGCUACCGAUACGCUACCGAAUCCAAGGCAAACGUCAUGGUUGGCAUUUCUCUGGCCGAUUCCGGCAGCCGCCGGGCAGAGCAACUGCAGACCAUCAUCGGCCGUAUCAAACAAUCAGGUGACAUGGACGUAACAGAUCUGUCCGCCGACGAGCUUGCCAAGAGCCAUCUUCGAUACAUGGUUGGCGGCCGCUCAAAUGUCCCCAAGGAAAGGCUUUACACAUUCCGCUUUCCCGAGCGGCCAGGCGCCCUCGAGCGUUUUUUGCGACUACUGAGACCAAAGUACAACAUUAGCCUCUUCCAAUAUCGAAACUACGGGGGAGAUAUUGGCCAGGUAUUGACGGGUAUUCAGUGCCCUGACGAGGAAGUUGGCGAACUACAAAGCUUUUUUAAGGAGAUCGGAUACCCAUGGGAAGACUGUACAGAUUCACCUGUUUUCAAAACAUUCCUGCGAACUUAACCUAAAAAUGUUAAAAAGAAGAGUUUAACAAGGAAGAUAUAUCUAGUCUCUAUCACAUUGACCUCCGACAACCUUCAGCGGACCCGCACUACAAAUAUGUGGGUCUCCCCUCCUCGAACUUUUGUGAGAGGAGGUCUGUUACGGUUUUGCGUAAAAACGCCGUCGGCUGCAGAAUCUCCUAUAUUAACUCCAAAUUUUGUUUUUAUAUAUUUAUUUAUAAUAAAAUAACGAAAAAUAGUAUAGAUAGAAGGAAAAUAUUCGGAGGAUGGUCUUUUUAAGCUCUCUCUAAAUAUAUAAUUUUUAUUAAGCUCGGA